UUGGAGGAUACCUUUGAGAUUAUAAAUUGUUAGCUACACGGCAAUUUAUAGAGUUGUAAAAUUCAUCUCUGCAAGGUUAUAGCUCGGAUUGACCCCUGACGGAAUUAUUAUUGCAGUACUGUAAAACUGUGAAAUAUAGCGCAACUGAUUUAUUUUCCAAAACACAGGACAAUUCUAACGGAUUUUUCUGUGACAAUAUUUGUGUAUUAUUUUUUUUGACGAUGGUUUUGUGUCAGGAAAACGCCAACAUGUUUCAAUCGCGUCACUCUCCACCAACCAGUGGAUACAACUUUGGACACUUUUCUGGAUACAUGCCGCAAACUACCCAAUAUCCUGCUCCCACGGGACAGAGCCAUGACUACGGACAGUACCAGAUGGACCCCGGGGCAUUCCAGCAAGCUCCCUGCUACAUGACUUACGGAUCCCGUCCUGUGGAAGAUUGGGCAAAUAGUUAUGGUAUGCCCACGACCACCGGUACAGUCAGUCCACACAGUUACAGCUAUAGGCCCGCCCCUCCCAUGGGGGUAGACUAUACCCAACAACCGCUACCCCAGGGCAACGGGAUCAACCAGAACCUCUCAGCGCUAGGAAGCUCCCCACAACCUGUGUGUUCUCCCACCGCCUCUACCAGCUCCAGUGGCAGUCCGGGGUCCCCCUCCAACAAGCAGCUCAGACCCCCAUACGACUGGAUGAAGAAAACUUCAUACGCCCCCAGCGGUCCCAUCCCUGGUAAAACUCGCACAAAAGACAAGUACAGAGUUGUUUACAGCGAUCACCAGCGCCUGGAACUAGAAAAAGAGUUCCAUUACAGUCGUUACAUCACCAUCCGCAGGAAGGCCGAACUAGCUCAGAAUCUCGCCCUCUCCGAGAGACAAGUCAAAAUCUGGUUCCAAAACAGGCGCGCCAAGGAGAGGAAACAGAACAAAAAGCGCGAAGAUCUCAACUCCUCCAACCCGGAAAUGAACAUCCACGCUGAUAACUCCGGUGUUGCUCAACAAAUGUCACUUUCGGUACAUAAUAAUCAACCAAUCAUCAAACAGGACCCCAUGGAAGAUUAUGGCCAUCAGAUGUCGCCUCAAAUGCAAGACCACAAAGAAGGCAUCAUUCAAUCCCAUCAUUCACCAGAAUUUCACCAAACACCAUCACCAGUCACCAGCAGCAUCAAUCCCAUCAUGCAAUCGGCAACUCCAAUCUCAGUUAUUAAAAUGGACCCACAAGAAUUGGUAUCCCAAGCAUAAUUGAUUCUCUUCCCCCCUCCUUGUGCUACGAUUUAAGUGACGUCAUGCACCAAUUCCCCUGUGUGAUGUGCUUAGGUCGAAUGGAAAACGGGUCACUGGUUCGAAAUACCUUGUUGAUGGUUACUGGUUGAGCCGUUACCAUAGUGAAUUUGUGAUAAGUGAAUGUUGAGGACACCAGUGCCCAUUUUGAGUGAUUGAAUACUCAUUAACUAUUUGAUGUGUAUAAUAUUGUUGACACUUGUGUAUUAACAUGCAUGUAUCUUAUUGUUUUACUUGCUUGUAAGUCACCUUUCGUACAGUUUUGCGAUUUUACAAAUUAAGAGAUAUAUAUUUAUUGAAAAUCUGUUGAAUUGAUUGCAAGAUUGUAUGUAAUAAAUGAAGAAAGAAUUGAA